CGGCCCGCGACAGAGAUGAAGGAAACGUAUUUACGAGGGUUGUAUGGUUGUAAACAAAUGGGUUUCCCGAGUUUUUGCGUUCAAUCUUAAACUUUUACAAAUUUAAAAAUGUCCGUUGAAGCUACUCCUGACAGUGAAUUAAGAGAUUUAGUGGCACAAGCUCUAGAAAAUAAUGGUCUCCUUUCUAAACUGCGUGCAGAGUUAAGAGCCAGUGUCUUUCUCACAUUGGAAGAAAAUGAAAAAUUUCAGAGUAAAAAAUUCACCAAUGAAAAGUUGAAAAAUUAUGCCAACACUGCCGAGGGAUGCCUUGCCAUUUCCCUAGUUCGGGAUUUUUUAGAUUAUUUUGGACUUGAAUUUACACUAUCUGUGUUCGAUCCAGAGGUUGGCUUGGGCAAAGACUAUGGAUUUGAAAAUAAAGAAAACAUCAGACGUAAGCUAAGCCUUGGAAAAAAUAGUGAUGAAUCAAAACCUUUAUUAUCGCAAGCCCUUGCAUUACUUUUAAAGCCAUCUGAAGACAGAGAGAGUGCCUUACCCAACAAUAAUGCCUCUGCUGGAGACACCAAAAAUGAAUAUAUCGAGAAAUUUCAAUCUUCUCCAAAAUAUAAUGGCUCUGAAGUAAAUGUGCAUCCCUCAGAAAAUGAGGGGAAUCGUAUGAUCCUGAGAAAUGGUGAUAUUGCAAAUCUGAAUGAUUUUAAAAACGGUAGCAACAAUGAUGAUGAGACAUUCUCUCUGGGCAGACACUUGACUGACUAUUCGACUGUAAGAUCAAAUUACAACUCUGCCAAUCAAUCUUCAUUACCGCCCUUGGAAAAUACCAACUCGAAUCAGAAUGUGAUAACUCAGAAUAUGAAAUCGCUCACUAUCAACAUUGACAAUAAUUUUCAAGAUGAACAUAUAGGCGAUUUACUGAAAACAAAUUCUAGUUUAAAGUCUGAAUCCAUGCUGAAUAGAGAUAAAAGCAAUGAUAAUUACCUUCCGAGUCUGCAGUCCCAUACAUUCAGUGGAAGUGAGAUUGAAGAAGAAAUAUCUUCAGGAGAUCAGUUUAAUGACAGUUUAUCCUUGGGUGAUGAAGACAUUCUGAGUGAUGCUGCGUCGCCAGGGAAAAAAGUUGAAAAUAAAUUCUCCCUAUAGUUUCUGAAAGUUGGCCACCUCCUGCCGUCAGACAUCUUACAGCGGCCUCAUAUUUGUAUGUAAUUACCUACCUCUACUCUGUCAGUGGCUAGGACCCAAGAAAGAUCAAGUAGACGUAGCUCAAGUUAAAUGUUUAGUUAAUUUAAGCCUCUAAAUUUUUACAUGUAAUUGCUCAGUUCUUCUGCAUGACUGAAUGAUCCUCAUUUUCAUGGUACAUAAUUUGUAGAAUUUAUUUUAAUCUGAAUUUUUCCUGUGCCCACCUGUUUCUCACAGUUUUUAUGUUGACUUGAUCGAUAUGAAAUCUUUCUUGGGCCAAGGUCAAGAUGCCUUAUCAUGGUACCUAACUUUUUUUUAAAAAAUUAAUAGUACCUAUUGCCUAUAUUAUGUCUAUACCCCCUGAAAUUAAAUUUUCAGGCAGAUAAUUAAUUAUUCAACAUGUAUUUUUCUCGACUUCUCAUGCAUUUAAAUAUAUUUUUUUCUUAUAAAAAGACAACGAACAAAGCAUUUAAUACCCUGUCAACGGAUGAGAUUGCAUGUUUUCAAUUGCGACUGAAUUGAAAUUUGCAUACCUCAGCGUUGCAGCAGUAUUGUUUCAAGUGGUCUCAUUGAUGAAUCCAGAGUCUGAACAUGUAUAGUCAUUGUUGAACAAACAUGAUGAAAUCCUCUCAAUAAAUUCUAAAAUGUUGUUGCUGUAUGAGGUUUCGCACAUCUCAUCUCUAAUUCUGCAUUUAAAAUUAUUUUCUGAAUGUUGUAUUAAAACAAUGAGCUGACUCUAAACGCUGUACUGUGCACUUAUUAAUGCGAAAUCAAUAAAAUGUUAUGAUGAAAAAUUUUAGUCUUUAGGAUGAAAAAUUUAGGAAAGCACACUCAAAUACAAUAAGUCAAGUCAUUAUCUAUUAUUUUGCUAAUUGCUAGGAAGUUAGUAAGUUCAGUGAGUAAGCUUAGUAGUUUAUGUAACCUUUCAAAUCCUUCUUUUUCUCUCACCUGCAAUUAAAGUACUCAUCGGGAAUUCUUAAGUAGACAAAAGAACCAAAACUACUACUCGUCUGUAUCUUGAUUUUUCGGAAAAAGCUUUCUGUGGGCGAGUAAUUGUGUUUUUAAGACCUCUUGUAUCCUUAUGGUAAUAUGGAACUUUUAUUGAAUUGUCAAUUAUUAACCAAUGUAAAUCAUCAGACCUCAGGCUUUACUGUAAAUGACCACUAUUGACACUCCUUGAUGACUUACAAAUGUAUUUUAAAGCUCUUUGAUGUUAUUUUGUGGGACUUGUCACAUAUAUUUUCGAAAUAAGUUUCUUUUCUUACCUGUUAUUGUACUUAAAAUUUUUUUCUCAGAUAAUUGGAUUGCGUUAGGCAGAAACAAACCAAGUCACAUUAGCCAUCGCCAAAUUUCAUCACACAGUUAAUUUUUCUACUGGAGAACGGCAGUGCGAAUUUUUUUGAAAAUUUUAGAGAAUAUGCUUCAUGUCACUGAAGAAAUCCCCCCUGAAAUUUUUAAGAGGAUCCAUGCUGCCAUUUUCCGGUAAAAAAAUAAAUCAGCGGAUGAAAUCUGACAAUGGCUGAUGUUACAUCGUUUCUUUCUGUUUUAAGCCGUCCAAUUUAUAUUAUAAAUCAGUCUAUCGGUAUGAGUAUGGAUCUGUUUUCUCCACACUUUUGAAGAGUACCGAUCAUCUUAAACUUUCACAAAAGUAGCCAGACAGGGCAAAAAACUGAUCAUCGCAAUAAUUCAUGAUGCCCUCUCAAAAUUUCAUGUGGAACAUAAUUGGACUACAUUUUGCAAUUUGGAACUAUAAACUCUAGCUUGGUUUAAAAACAACGUAUGUGCCAUUAGUUUCCCAAUGCACAUAAGUAUUUUUCCAGAAGAGCCAGAAUUUAUAGUUCCAAAUUUCCAAAUGCAGUCCAAUUGAAGCACGGAGAACUCCAUAUUUUACUCAAUAUGGGGGAGCUGAGUUGACAUUGUUUGCAAUACAUCAGCAGGGUUACCAUGGUUACAGGCUAGAAAAUCACCACUUCUUUUACUUUUGGAAUCCCCAAAAAGGGUAGCAACCCUCCUCAUGUAUUUGCUCUAUAUCAAUAAUGCCUGAAGAGCUUUUCACUUUGCUCAAUUUUGACUUGUUUCAGGAAAAAUAAAGUGGUGGGGUAAUAUAAACUUAUUUCUUGGCCACAAUGAGAAUCAAUUUUCUUUUCUUUUUUGAUGCAUCCCUGUAGUAUUAAUUACAUUUUUUACCUAGUCAUUUUUAGCCCACUCGUUUUUGAUUAGAUGUACUAGGUAUGUACUUCACAAUAAAUUUUGAAUACAAUUUAUAUGUGUCUUAUUUUCAUUUUCAUUGUAGCACAUUUUGUGUGUAUUAUUUUCAAUCAGUUUAAUUUGUUGUAUUUUUGUCACAGUACAUGUCUUUGUGAUAUACUCUCACGAAUCAAUUUCUUUUUAUCCAUUCAAUCAUUCUAUUCUAUUCUAUUCUAUAUUUUUUAUUUAAUUUUAUUUUUAAUUUCAUUCUCUUUGGAUUUUGUACUUUUUUCUACCGUAUAUAUGAGGAUGUUUCCAACCUAACAGCAUAUACCCAUGUCAACUUCGCCAAGAUUGAGCAUACCUUUAAUUGUAUAGCUGGUAAAGAACUGUAUGCUCUGUUUUGUAAAUAUUCUCAUAUCUCUAUUAUUCCCAAUAUUUAAGCAAAGAAAUGCAGUGUAUGAUAGCUUUUUGAUGCUUGUACAAAAAAAGAGAUAGUUACUUAAUCUUGGCAACAUUGACACAGGCAUUUGCUGUUUGGUCUGGAAGGUUCUCAUAUGUAACUUACAAUGGAAUUGCAAGCAACGUUUUUUUGACCUUUCAUUCCAGACUCUUGAAAAAAGGUGAACUUCUGGAGUUGAGAGUGUUUGCACCGUUAGGUAGAUAUGUGUCACAUCAAAUUAGAGAAGUGCAAGCUACAGUUGACUCCAAUCACUUUUCUUCUCAUUUAUCAAAAUGAGUUACAUUGUAUUGUUCUCCUUCUAAUCGUCAUGCAUAAUUUGUACUGCCUUCUGUUCGUUUCCAAAUAAUUCAAUCAUAAUUAUUAUUUUUGUAAUGUUUUUAAAUAAUGAUCUCUAACUUGAGAUUGAUCUAAAAAAUGGAGGUACUGCAAGAUGUGACAAAACCAGACCUAAUUUGCAAGUUAAGAGUCACAGAAAAAAUUGAUAAAAUUUAAAGUGGUGAAAGUAUGCAUAUAAAAAACUGCGAAAUGACAUGAAUUGUAUGGAAUUUGUCUGUUUUUGUAGCUAGGUAUACAAAAAAGAGAAAAGCAAAUCGUUCUGAUACCAAUUUUUUCGUUAUACAUUACAAUUUUUGUAUGUCAGGCAAUAAAAACAAUGAACUGUGAGUCAAAUAAAGUAUAUUUGUACUUAAUAAACAUUUGACAAAAAUGUAA